AUGUCGUCGACUGCACCUCAAAGUUACACAUACAAGACGUUCGUCAACACCGACGGCGAACAAACCAGCAUCCCAGUCGAUGUCUACAUCCCCGAGACUGCCGCUCAGACCCAGCUGACACCAGUCGUCUGGGUCCACACGGGCGGGUUUCUGCAAGGAACCCGCAAGUUUGUGCCCCCACACUUCGUGCGAGCUCUUGCGAAGCACAAACUUGCCCUCGUGGCGCCAGAUUUCAGGCUGUGUCCUCAGGUAUCGAUCUUCCAAGUGCUCGAGGAUGUAGCGGAUUGCAUUCGUUGGACGUUGGAUCCGGCAGCGCGCUCUGCUUCGGGCUUCACAUCGGAUAACGUCUCUUCCGACAGAUACAUCCUGGGUGGAUCGAGUGCCGGUGGAUGGCCUGCUCUGCUUCUCGGUCUAGCGCUGCAUGAUGAGGCCGAACGCAUCCCUCGACCCCCCAGUGCUGUCUUUGCCAUCUACGCCAUUACCACCGUCACCCAGGACCUAGCUUCGUUCUUCUACGAGCCUCAGAAACCCCUUUCAUGGGCUGCGGAUGGUAAGCUCAUCGACAAGCAGCCAUUGGAAUCCGAAGGCCAUCUCAUCAAAUGCCUCGAUGCUCAACACCAGCUACUCAAGUCUAGUUCGACCAAGAUCCGCACCGAGGCGCCCCCUGCCUCGAACCCGGUCCGUGCAGCUCUCUACAACUUUGCCCGACAAGAAGCCAUCUAUCCGAGCCUCAUCCUCCAAGACCCAUCGGAGAGCUCUCAUGUCUGCACGCCUACACUGAUCAAGACCAAGACCACCACCAAGGGAACAUCAGUUCGGGUCCUGAUCGCAUAUGGCGACUCCGAUCCGAAGGUACCGCAUUCGCAGUCUUUGCACGUCGUCGAUGCGCUCAAAUCGGUCGGCUACGAUGACAGGAAUCUUUUGGUGAUCGAAGAAAAGGGCGCGGACCACCUCUUCGAUAUGGAGCCGGAGAAGGAGAUCGAUGGCAUGUGGACCUGGCUGACAAAGCAGCUUUGA